GUUAUAGCAUGCACUGGAGGUGGAGGAUCUUCACUCGAGAUCUUGUGUCCAGAAGAUGGAUGGCGAGCUGUUGAUGAACUCGUUUCGGACGGCGUGUCGGUUGUGGUAUUCCCCGGCGACUUUAUGAGUAUCAUUUCUGAUGAUAAAAUCCCGGCGACG